ACACACACACCGCAGAUCCUGCCAUGUGGCUUCUCUCUCCUCUACAGCUCACUUCCCUUCUCUCUCUAAAAACCAGACCUUCAAUGUCAUUGCUGUGAUUCUCAUAAAGUCCAGUGUCCGAAUCCUUCAUCUGUCUUUUUGAUUUAUUUUUCAAAAUAUAAAUUUUGAUUUUUUAAUUGUGCUGUAACCGGAGAAGAAGAAGAAGAGUAUGGGAGGUUGUACCUCCAAGCCCUCCUCCACCUCCGUGAAACCUAAUCCUUACGCACCCAAAGACUCCCUUCCACAAAAUGACGAUUCUACCCCUGCUCGCACCUCAACCGCCGUAAAGGCUUCUCCUUUCUUCCCCUUCUACACUCCAAGCCCCGCCAGGCACCGCCGCAACAAGAGCCACCGCGACGGCGGAGGAGAGAGCAAGAGCGUCACCGGCACUCCGCUCCGUCAGCUCGCGCGUGCUUUCCACCCUCCUUCUCCGGCGAAACACAUACGGGAUGUUCUGCGGCGGAGGAAGGAGAAGAAGGAGGGUGCUCCACCGGCGGCGAGGCAGCGAGAGGAGGAGGUGGGGCUGGACAAGAGAUUCGGAUUCGCCAAGGAUUUUCAGAGUAGGAUGGAGCUAGGGGAAGAGAUUGGGAGAGGGCAUUUUGGGUACACUUGCUCUGCUAAGUUCAAGAAAGGAGAGUUCAAGGAUCAUGAGGUUGCUGUUAAAGUCAUCCCUAAAUCUAAGAUGACAACUGCAAUAUCUGUAGAGGAUGUGAGAAGAGAAGUUAAAAUCCUCCGGGCGUUGUCAGGACAUAACAAUCUGGUUCAAUUCUAUGAUGCGUUCGAGGACAAUGCCAACGUCUACAUCGUUAUGGAGUUAUGUGGAGGUGGUGAGCUCCUUGACAGAAUACUAACAAGGGGAGGAAAAUACUCUGAAGAUGAUGCAAAAGCAGUGCUUAUACAGAUCCUUAACGUUGUAGCUUUCUGUCAUCUCCAAGGAGUUGUUCAUCGAGAUCUUAAACCAGAGAACUUCUUGUACAUUUCCAAGGAGGAGAACUCUCAGUUAAAAGUCAUAGACUUUGGUUUAUCAGACUUUGUCAGACCAGACGAAAGACUAAACGAUAUAGUCGGUAGUGCAUACUACGUAGCCCCUGAGGUUCUACACAGAUCUUACACCACGGAAGCAGAUGUAUGGAGCAUAGGAGUAAUAGCUUACAUUCUCCUAUGUGGAAGCCGUCCCUUUUGGGCAAGAACUGAAUCAGGAAUCUUCAGAGCAGUUCUUAAAGCUGAUCCUAGUUUUGAUGAGCCUCCUUGGCCUUCAUUGUCCUUGGAAGCAAAAGAUUUUGUUAAGCGGCUGUUGUACAAAGACCCUCGGAAAAGAAUGACAGCUUCUCAAGCUUUGAUGCAUCCUUGGAUCUCUGGUAGUAAGAAGAUGAAUAUCCCAUUUGAUAUUCUCAUCUUCAGGCAGAUCAAAGCAUACUUGAAGUCUUCUUCUCUGCGCAAAGCUGCUUUGAUGGCUCUGUCCAAGACAUUAAUUACAGAUGAGCUUCUUUAUCUGAAAGCACAGUUUGCAAUCUUAGCACCCAACAAAAAUGGUCUCAUCACUUUGGAUAACAUCAGAACGGCACUUGCUACGAAUGCAACAGAAGCAAUGAAAGAGUCACGCAUCCCAGACUUUCUUGCAUUGGUAUUGAUUCUCCUGUUGUCUUUUGUUCUCGUUUGUUUGCUGUAUGGUUUUAACAAAAGAUUUGGUGUUGGGAACUAUGAACAGUUAAAUGGACUACAGUACAAAGGAAUGGAUUUUGAAGAGUUUUGUGCAGCUUCCAUUAGUGUUCAUCAGCAUGAGUCUCUUGAUUGUUGGGAGCAGAGCGUUCGCCAUGCUUAUGAGCUUUUUGAGAUGAAUGGAAACAGAGUUAUUGUCAUUGAAGAACUUGCUUCUGAGCUCGGCGUUGGAUCAUCAAUCCCAGUCCACACCAUUCUACAUGAUUGGAUAAGGCACAGUGAUGGGAAGCUGAGCUUCUUAGGUUUUGUCAAAUUGUUGCACGGUGUAUCUAGUCGACAGCCUUUAGCUAAAACUCGGUGAAGAAGGUAACAGAGGUGAAAGAGGAUGAACAUACCACAGCUAAUGGAUGUCAAGAACAAUUUUAUAGUGUCAAAAUAGGGAAAUCUAAAGUUCCAAAAUAUCAGACAUGCCUGAAAAGUUGUAAUGGGAUGAUGUUUAAGACCAAACACUUUCUUCUCUAAUGUUUUAUAUCUAAACACUUGAAACA